ACACUCUUACACUUCGAUAUGUUAGAAAGAAACACAGCCUCAAGUUUCCUUACAAACGAGUUUGAAAGUAUCUACAUCAAUCGCCAUGGAAGCCCUGAGAGUGUGCUCUGUUCAUUCUCUCGGCUUUCCAGCCAGACCAAGCAAAACCCAGUUCACAAAAUUCAUUCCCAGUUCAUCUUUCUCGCCAGACCAAAGAAACCACUCAAAAUCGAAGCUUUUCAAGGCCGCUUCAUCAUCUGUUUCAACAGAGCUCACUGACCCUUUUCAGCCAGAGCUUGAAACUCAAACCCCGGAUGGGAAAUUCGAUUGGUAUGCACAGUGGUACCCGAUUAUGCCGCUUUGUGACCUGGAUAAGAGGAGGCCACAUGCAAAGAAGGUCAUGGGUCUUGAUGUGGUGGUUUGGUGGGACAGAAAUGAGAGUGCUUGGAAGGUGUUUGAUGAUAGUUGUCCUCAUAGAUUGGCUCCAUUAUCUGAAGGAAGGAUUGAUCAGUGGGGCAGGUUGCAGUGUGUGUACCAUGGUUGGUGUUUUAAUGGCUCUGGUGACUGCAAGUUUAUUCCACAAGCACCCCCAGAUGGCCCUCCGAUUCAAACAUCCAAGAAAGCAUGCGUAGCUGCUUAUCCAAGUACAGUGCUGAAUGAUAUCCUCUGGUUUUGGCCUAAUACCGAUCCUCAAUACAAAGAUAUUCUUGUGAAGAAAAGUCCCCCAUAUAUUCCAGAACUUAAUGAUCCAUCAUAUAUAUCCUCAAUGGGAAAUAGGGAUUUUCCUUUCGGAUAUGAAAUCUUGCUCGAGAACCUUAUGGACCCUUCUCAUGUUCCAUAUGCACAUUAUGGAAUACUGCCAACUCGGCAACCCGAAAAUAAGUUGGAUAGGGAGGGAGGCAGACCCCUGAACAUGAGAGUGAAUAAGUUGGACGCAAAUGGUUUUUUUGCAAAGCAAGAUUGGGCAGGUAAUAGUGAAUUCAUCGCACCAUGUAUUUUUUAUGGUCAUUCUGCUGCUUUACCGGAUAAAGGCAAUCGGGCUACAUCGUCAUCUGGAACCAAAAAGGAAAGGAGAAUGGGUUUAAUUUUCAUGGGGGUUCCAGUUAGUCCAGGUAAAAGCAGAUUGAUAUGGGCUAUCCCAAGGAAUUUCAAUCUUUGGAUGGACAAGAUUUUUCCAAGAUGGAUAUUUCAUCUUGGACAGAACUUGAUUUUGGAUUCAGAUUUAUAUCUUCUUCAUGUUGAGGAGCGAAGGAUAUUAGAGUUUGGGUCAGCUCAAUGGAGUCGGGCAUGUUAUGUGCCAACAAAGGCAGAUGCUCUGGUGGUUGGUUUUAGAAAUUGGUUAAAUAGAUAUGGUGGUGGUCAGGUUGAUUGGAGAGGAAAAUUCAGUGGAGUUCUUCCUCCAUCUCCUCCCAGAGAACAAAUUAUGGACAGGUACUGGUCCCAUGUGGUGAAUUGCCCCAGCUGUAGUGCAGCAUACAAAGGUCUGAAUGUGCUUAAAGUUGUGCUCAGCCUCACCUCUCUUGUUUUGAUUGGUCUCGUAGCUGCAACCAAGCUAGCCACUGCCUCAGUUGCUUUGAGAGCUACAAUGGUCUCACUCUCCAUUCUAUGCUUUGCAGCUUCAAAAUGGCUGGCUCACUUUGUCUACAAGAACUUUCACUUUCAUGACUAUAUUCAUGCUUUUCAUUAACACCAUAUAAAUACAAGUAUAAUUUAUAUAUUGGUGAAAUAUAUUAUCAUGGAGAGAUUGUAAAUAUGAACAUAUUGGAUACUUGUAAAUAUGAGAUUAUCAUAAUGUUAUUAAGGCGAAAUGUAAUUCACAGUCAUUUUUUAACUGACUUUAAAUGGCCUUUUUCAAGUA